AUGUCUUCACUUCUGAACAAGCUCACGGGCCCAACUACGACUCAUCAUACUGAGAAUAUGCAGCCCACAUCCACCACCACCGCUCCUCAUCGAGAGAACCUCCACCAAGGCAACUUUCGCGAAGAGCCAAGGUACCAGGAGAACGUCUACGAGAACAAUGCUGGCCGAACUGGCCAUGGCAGACAUGACCUGGGCCACGAGAACUUGAGGCGAGAUGAAGUUCCUAUCCAGAACAACAUCGCUCACGAGAACGUCGGCACAACCGGCCACGGCAGACACAACUUAGCCUCUGACAACUUGGGGCGACAUGAUGCCCCUAUUCAUAACAAUGUUCCUCACCAGGGCUAUGGUGCAACCAGAACUGGCACCGUUCACAAUACCUACGAGAACAACGUUGGUCGAACCAAUCAUGGCCUGGGCCACGAGAACUUGAGGCAAAGUGAAGUUCCUGGCCAGAGCAAUAUCCGUCAUGAGAACGUCGGCACAACUAGCCACGGCAGACACGACUUGGCUUCUAACAACCUAGGGCGACACGACGUCCCCGCUCAGAGCAACAUCCGUCAUGAGAACGUUCACCAAACCGACCACGCCAGACACGAUUUGGCCUCGAGCGGCCUGGGGCGGCACGAUAUCCCUGCUCAGAGCGGUCAUCACAGUCAUCAAGCCAACACCAUCAAGACCGGCCCUGUCCACAACAGCGAGAUGCUGAACAAGCUCGACCCUCGCGUUCACGAGCACAAGGACAGGACUGCAGCCGAUCACACAUUGACUGGCACGACACACGGCCAAGUGCCCUUGGAUGCCGCCCGAGUGCCUCCCUCGGUGAUGCAGGAGCAUUUGGGCCCCCCAACCAUUGAGCACGACUUUCCUCAUGACAGCAAGCACAAGAGGCAUUCCGUCAGCCACCAGGAGGCUCACAUUAUGCGAUAA